AUGCUGGCGUGCGAACAUGCGCUCUGCGCAGAGUGCCUUCUAAGGCCCUCCGACUGGCGCUACCAUGUCGAUUCCCAGGAGAUUGCCUGUCCGCUACCCUCCUGCCGCACGCCUGUGGCGACGAACGCGCAGCGCUUUGUGCCAGAGCCCAGCGACGACGAGCGGCUGGUGAAUUGCCCCAGUCCCGGCUGCAUCAAAGUUCUGGUGCCGCUGGCCCUGGUUCAAGGGAAGACCGCCGUCAGCUGCCCUCAAUGUCGUCAGCAGUUCUGCAGCGCCUGCGCACAGCCGGCCCACGCUGGAAGCUGCGAUGAUGCCGAGCUGCAGCGCAUGGAUCCGGCGCUACGGCAGCUCAUGGCCCAGCAAAAUUGGAAGAGAUGCCCAGUCUGCCGGCACUUGUGCGAGCGCGAGUCGGGCUGCAACUUCAUGACGUGCCCCUCGGAGCAAUGCAAAGGGCAGACUUACUUCUGCUACCUCUGUGGGGAGAUCUUGGCCGCUUCAGACCACGCGGCGCACUACGAAGGCUUUGAGGGGGCCAUCGGCCUGCGCGGGCCCUUCGGUUCUCUUUGCAUGAAUCGGCGUGAGCCAGACCCCUCUCUUCCAACGAAGCCGCCGCCGCCACGCCUCAGCGUGGUGCGGGGCGACGAGGAAGGCUCCAUUGUUCUUCGGAUCACUUGGGGCGAGCACAGGAGUGAGCCCCCCACCAUCUACUACCGGAUUUUCCUGUCGGUUCCGGGAAGUGAUGAGGUGCGUCAUCUCUCUGCAGCCGCGCGAGGGCCACACUACGAUGUCCCACGGCAUCUGCCGAAAUACAUCCGGUAUCAAGCGGCGGUGGUCGCGGUCAACGUCAAUGGCUCCAGUCCGCCCAGUGACCAAAGCGAGGUCGUUCAUUUCCAUCCGCGCGAGCUGGAAAUGCAGAAGGAAGUGGCCGCCCCGCAGAAAGCCAAGCGCUGGACCAGACCGUAG